AUGGUUGAAGAAGCUUUGACUUUAGAAGAAACAAAUGAAAUAAGAGCAAGACUUGGUCUAAAGCAAAUCAGCAAAGGGGAAGCUGAUUCAACAAAGAAGGUUCCCAAGGAAGCAUUAUCGAUAGAAGAUACAAACAAAGUAAGGGUGUCAUUAGGACUAAAGCCUAUUCCAAAUGAGACUGUAGAGACAGUUGAUCUUCCAAAAAAACCUUAUUUUGAUGAGCCCCAAUUUAUAGAGGGAGAGAAGGUCAGACUCUUAAGAGAUAAACUUUCGAAGAUUACCAGAAGAAAUCAGGAACGCUUAGGCUCAAGAACUUUAUUAGAUGGAAGCAAUGAUACGAGUGAUAGAUGGUUGGAUAAUUUAGGGCAGAGUAAGGACAAGAAGAAAACUAAAUCGAAAAUAAAACUAUCUUACUCAGAUGAUGCAACUAAUGAUGAAGUUGACGACCUCCCGACACUAAAAUUAGCUCAUACGAUCGAUCAUCUAGGUGUAGGAAAAGGAACGAUCUUGACAUUAAGGGAGAGCGAUAUUUUGAGUGAUGAUGCUAAUGAAGGCGAAGGCAAUGAUGUAUUGGAAGAUACUUCGAUUCAACAGGCCAAGGAGGACAAGAGGAAUAUUGAACUUCGACAAAUGAAUAAGGAAAGAAGAAGAAGAAAAAUGAAUUUGGCGGUUGGGAGUAAAUUUAUUGAAAAGGAUGAGGCUAAUGAGAAGGAAGAUGGAAUUUCCACAUUGGUUGUUGGUGCUGAAAACAGUGUUCUAGAAAAAGAUGUUUCUUCUAAAGAAGAGGAACAUGCUGGGAAGAUCAAAGUUUUAUUUGACAAUGAAAGUGAGAGUGACUCUGAUACUGGUGAUUUUAAGGCAAUAAAAAUAAAAAAGAGAAAGAAAAAAAUGGAUGGUCCUCUCAUGAAGAGAAACAAAAUAAAAAUUUCACCUCAAAUUCAAAAAGUGACCCUAAUUGAUGAAGAUCUGCAUAGGGCCGAAGAAGAACAAGAGGAUGAAAAUUACAGCAUACCGAAACUAAAAAAUAGGACUAAAAAGAAUGAUCAUAGAUCUCAUGCAGAGAAUAGAACUGCGGAUGAUAUCGCAGAAGAAAUACGAAGAGAAAAGCUAGAAAAUGAGCGUAGAUCUAAGGAAAUCUCGAAGUUAAGAAGUCAACCGUCAUCAAGAAUUGUAAUUGAUGAGUCUACUAUGUUUUUGGAAUCUAUGCAAGUAGAUAAUUCUGGAGAAGAGGCCACGGUAACUACAAAUGAACAUGAUUCUACCCCUGCAAAUACAGAUCCAUCUAUUAAAAACCCUAUCAUAGAAGCAAAAACAGAUUCAAAGCCUUCACAGCUUGUUGAAACUAGCAUAGAUAAUUCGCAGGGACCUGACUUUUCGGCUGGUCUUGCGUCUACCUACCAGUUUCUCCAAGGCCAUUCGAUCUUUAAAAAGACAUUUGAAUCUGAGUCAAAGGCGCCUACAAUGGAGAGGAGCACUUUGGAGACUCAAGACGGAGAUUUGGAAAAUUAUAACCCAGAUGUUCAACUAAUUUAUAAGGACAAAGAUGGUCAUGAAUUGACAACAAAGGAAGCGUACAAGAAACUAUCCCAAAAAUUCCACGGAACCAAAAGUAAUAAAAGGAAACUUGCUAAAAAUCGUGCAAAGAUUAUGGCAAGAAAUCAGAAGGAGAAAAUUGAGAUUCCCAAAAACCUGUUUAGUAAGGAUUAG